UGGGAAGAGAACAGCCUGAGCCGCAGUGAAAUUGUCAGUGAUUCUCUAUCUCUUCCUUUUGAUUUUACCCCUUUCUCUUGUAUUCUUGUACCUUUUAUUCUUGAUCCAGAGGGUUUCCCUCGUCUAAUUAUCGACCAAGAUACUUCCCUUUCUCAUUUCAACAAUUAGCCUCCAUCAUUUUGGUCAAAUUGCGGAUUAUGGGCGAAGCCGAAAAUUCCGGUUUGAACCAAUGGGUUCAUUCUUUGUCAAUAAUUCUGGGUUGUCUGGAUCACAAAAAAGCGGAAGCAUGUAGCAUCACCCUUGUUCCGGAGCAACUUCGGAGAUCCAAAGAGGAAGCUUACACGCCACACGUGGUCUCCGUGGGACCCCUCCACAAGGGAAAGAGAACGGACCUACUAUACAUGGAAGAGAUCAAGCUACGCUGCAUGCUCUAUCUCCUCUAUCGAUGCAAAAAUGGUGAUAUCGAUAAGCUCGAUCAAGUUUUGCUCAAUUGUGGCAAAGCUAUGCUGGAGUUGGAUGAAAUAGUUCGCGGUAGCUACAAUGUCGAUGACCUUAAGCUCAACCGCAACGACCUCGCGAAAAUUAUGGUGUUGGACGGUUGUUUUCUGUUGGAGCUUCUAAUUAGUGGAUCACCGGAACUGAAUGAAAAACUUGAGAGCCAAUUGGAUGGUCUUAGUUCCGGAAUUGAAGUCAUACAAAGGGAAAAGGUGUUGUCGGAUUUGAUUAUGCUCGAGAACCAGAUCCCUCUCAUCGUUCUGGGUAAGUUGUUUACCACACUUUUUCCCGAGAAUCUUACAAAGGAUGAUAAUGAUGGCAUCAGAUUGAUACGUGAGCAUGCGCUUUCUAUCUUGGGCUAUGAUUACUCUACUCUGGGCUCCUCCUAUUCUUCCGAGUUAAAAGGCUUUCAUUUUCUUGAACUUGUUCACUCGUUCAUAGAUAAGGAAAAAGAACAAGAUAAAGCAACGAAGCAGAAUGCCAAUGCUGCUGUGGAGAACAACGAAGUGAACAAUGCUUCGGCAAUUGAUAUACCGACUGACAAGGUUGCAAAGCAGAAUGCCAAUGCUUCUGUGGAGAACAAUGCUUCAGCAAUUGGUACACGGAGUAAAAAGGAUGCGAAUACUAGUCAUGGUCAACGAAAACUAUCGCGAUGCGCUACGAGGCUUGAAGCAGCUGGGAUUAAAAUCAAACCUCCAGAAGGAGUUACCUCAGAAUCAAGGAGGGCAAGUGAGGCAAGGUUUGACUUGAAGAUAACGUUCAGCAAAGAGAAAGGAAUACUAGAAAUCCCGCAGCUGCAUAUUACUGAAACCACGGAAGCAAAGUGGCGGAACUUGAUUGCGUGGGAGGUGAACAGAAUCACCCUAGAGAAACAGCGAGGGAAAAAGGCCAGAUUUACUUGUCAUUUCAUUUUUUAUGCUUGGUUCGUUCAGAGUUUGAUUUGUUCGGUCCACGACCUUAAACUGCUUAAGGAUAGACAUGUUAUAAAGGUACAUGAAUCAAUGAGCAACGAAGAUUUGAUGAAUAUGCUUCGUAAAAUCACAGUGGGAGUUCCUGAUGCUGAGAUUGAUCAUGAGAUUGAUAUGGAUUCCUUGUUUCGUCAGGUGAUUAACGAAUUGAACUCAUACCCAACAACUGUAGAUCGUGCGAGGAAAACCAGGAAAGUCUUGGGGCAUAUUUUCAGAUGCGUUCUAACAUGGAUUUGGUACAAAUGCAGAGGCGCAUAUGGGUUGUUGAGACGAGAUUAUAUGCCUAACGCGUGGAGAGUGAUAGCGGUGCUUGCUGCUGCUACGGCGCUUACUCUCACUGCUAUCCAGACACAUUAUGCAAUCCACCAUAACUAGCUAGUGUUUUAUUUUACUUUUUUUUUUUAAAAUGGUUGAUUAAGAAAUUGUUCUUGUUUCCAUUUUUUGUUAUUCACGUUUGUGCACUGUGAUCAGUGUGUAGUG